AUGUCGUCGAAAAGUGUUCCAUUACAGCAUGGUCCUCUCUAUCGUAUUCCUCCGUACUACUACAUUCAUGUAUUAGAUCAAAAUACAAGCGUGACACGAUUGGAAAUCGGCCCGAAAAUAUUUUUCAAACAGGAUAAUGAAACACUUACUAUGGGGCCAGAAAAAAUGAUUAUAAUACCACCAAGGCAUUACUGUAUCAUAGAAAAUACUGUUAUUAAAAAUCAAACUGGUCAAAUUGAACUGGACAAGAACGGACAAGUGAAAUUAUGGCACGGAGAUGUCGCUAUUCGAUUACAUGAAGAUUAUCAGGAGCCAUUUCCUUUAUAUCCUGGUGAAAUUUUAAAACAGCCGGCGACAGAGUUGAAAUACGUAGCAGCGAACUCGGCACUACGGUUGAAAGCAACGCUCGACUUCAAUGACCAUGGCGAAGUACGGAAAGCCGGCGACGAAUGGUUGUUUGAAGGACCAGGUACUUACAUACCACGAAAAGAAGUCACAAUUGAAGAACGUAUCAGCGCGACGAUUAUUGGUCCAAAUCAAGCCAUAAAACUGUGUGCAAAAAAAGAAUUGGUCGAUCGUCUUGGCCAACGACGCGUCACCGGUGAGAAUUGGUUAGUGAAGAAACCGGGUGCGUAUCUACCAUUGGCAUACGAAACAGUUGUCAACGUUGAAGAUGCUCAUGUGUUAACAAAUAAAAAGGCUUUGCAUUUGCGUGCUCUGAAAACAUUUACAGAUGAUUUUAAUCAAACCCGAAAUAAUGGCGACGAAUGGUUGAUAACAUGCGAGCAAACAGAAGCACACAUAUUAAAUGUUUACGAAGAACUGAUUAAAACUGUGGACAUCAUCGUCUUGAAUUCGAGACAAUAUUGUGUUAUUUUGAAUCCAGUCGGAGCUGAUGGAAAGAAUCAGUUAGGAAAAAAGAAAUUAGUUGUCGGUGAAAAGUCAUUUUUUCUUCAACCGGAUGAACGACUGGAGAAAGGAAUUCAAGAUAUUUAUAUCUUGGAAGAAGACGAGGGUCUAAUUCUCAGAUGUACCGAGCCAUUUGAAGAUGGUAUUGACAAAGUAUCGCGAAUAGCAGGUGAUCGAUGGCUUCUUCGAGGACCGAGAGAGUACAUUCCUCCUACUCAAGUCGAAGUAUUACUACGAAGAAAAGCGAUCGCACUAGACGAGAAUGAAGGUAUCUAUGUGCGUGACACGAAAACAGGUCGUGCUCGAGCUGUCAUCGGCAAAACUUAUAUACUAACGGAACACGAAGAAUUAUGGGAAAAAGAGUUACCUGCAAGAAUCGAAUCUUUUCUGGAGAGAGAAUCGUUAAUGAAUCGAUAUCUCAGUUCAAAAGAUGCAGAUAAGAAAACGACAAAACGCGAUCGAUGGAAAGUAGUUACGUACUGUGUGCCGCAGAAUGACGUUGUGCAGAUUUAUGACUAUAAAAUUAAAGAAUCGAGAAUUGUUUUUGGGCCGGAUUUAGUCAUGUUAGGUCCCGAUGAACAAUUCACUUGUAUUAAUCUGACAGGAUCGGCGAUUGCUUCUUUGCUUUACAUCGUAUUCUUGUCUGUGCUUUUUUGGUGUCAAAAAUUAACAAGAAACAAACCGGUUUUCUUUGGCGGCGUGCUUUUAGUUGUCGGCUGGUUGAUUUUUCGUCGUUUCUUUCGAUUUUGA